AUAUCACUUUAAUUAUAUAAAGAACAAACAAUAGUUGGUCCUUAGUGUUCUUUCUUUGUGGGUCGUGGAACAAUACAGAGGGAGGAAAUGCAAGCAUCAAUUGCAUGCCGUCCUCGUGUUCAUGGAGUUAUCAAAGUGCAGUCACACACCAACCUUGUUCCACUCAAACCUGCCUAUUCAACUCUGACUCGAACCAAAUCAACUUCUGAGAUCACACUCAGAAGCAAUUCUCAACCUCAGUCAAUGCUAAACCAUAGCACAUCAAAAUCACCAAGAAUAGGCGGUUCCAACGUUGGUCCACUUCAGUGUGGCAUUUCGUCGAACGGGUACGGUGCAAAUGAAGGUAGGAGUGUUGGGGAGUGGGUUGUGGUGGUUGGUGAGGUUCUUUCGACGGCAUUUCCAUUGUGGGUCUCAAUUGGGUGUGUUUUGGGGUUGAUGAAGCCAGAUUUCUUCAAUUGGGUCACUCCCAAAUUGAUAAUCAUGGGUCUGAAUGUCAUCAUGGUUGGUAUGGGUAUGAGUCUGAGUGUUGAUGAUCUUCGUGGGGCUCUUGCAAUGCCUAAGCAAGUUCUCUAUGGUUUCGUCCUUCAGUAUUCGGUGAUGCCACUAUCUGGAUUUCUCAUAAGCAAACUCUUAAAUCUUCCAUCACAUUUUGCAGCAGGCUUAAUACUAAUUGGGUGCUGCCCAGGAGGCACAGCUAGUAACAUUAUAACAUAUCUAGCACGUGGAAAUGUGGCGUUUUCUGUAAUAAUGACAACUGCAAGCACCCUAACUACCAUGAUCAUGGCUCCUUUUCUGACAGCAAAACUUGCUGGUAAAUAUGUAGCAGUGGAUGCAUCUGGCUUAUUGAUUUCAACAUUGCAAGUUGUGCUUUUCCCUGUGUUGGCUGGUGCAUUUCUGAAUCAGUUUUUCCAACCAAUGGUUAAAUUUGUGUCUCCAUUGAUGCCACCCAUUGCUGUAACAACAGUGGCAAUUUUAAGUGGAAAUGCUAUUGCCCAAUGUUCUUCAGCAAUCCUUGUGUCUGGUGGAAAAGUGAUUUUAGCCACAUUCCUUCUUCAUGCUUCGGGCUUUUUCUUCGGUUAUGUGUUUGCAAGAAUGCUAGGGUUAGAUGUGUCAUCAGCAAGAACCAUAUCCAUUCAGGUUGGCAUGAAGAACUCAGUUCUUGGGAUUGUUUUGGCUACGAAGCACUUUGGAGAUCCUCUAACUGCAGUACCUGGUGCUGUUUCAAUUGUGUUUCAGUCGAUCAUUGGUAGCAUCCUUGCAGGAAUUUGGAGAUACUCUGUACCUGUUCUAGUCAAAGAGUGAAAACAUAUUCCUGAUGAGCUUUUG